AUCUCGUCAGUUCCUGAGGCGGGGACGGCAGUGGCCGCAGGCAGUUAACAAUGGCAUCCCCACUGAAUCUCAAAGAAGCCACUGGCAGCCAAAGUUCAUGGGAAACUUUGCUACCAGAUUUCCCUAAAGGACCGCUUUGCAAAUACCGUAAGAAAGCUUCUUUUAACUGGAAGGAGUUGGCAGUGUUCCUAGAUGGUGAAGAUAUCAUCCAGCUUAAGAACAGAAUCUUCUCUGCUAUGGAAAAUGAUCCUCUGUUUGCACAUCAUCCCGGAGAAGAUUUAUGCCGUGAGAAAUACCAGGAGCUGACAUUCUUACGCUGUAAAAAGUUCUUUGAGUAUGAUUUUCUUACUCAGCAGGAAAUCUUAGAGAACCCAUUAAAGUUAUUUAAUAUGGUGAUCUGUAUGGGAAUGUAUGAUUGGUCUCCAUGUCUCCAGUAUUUCUUACAUUGUGGUAUAUUUGCAGGUGCAAUUUUGAGUGCUUCUAAGAGAUUUGCAGACUUUGCAGAACAGGUUUAUAGCAUGAAGAUUUUUGGAUGUUUUGCUCUGACUGAACUGAGCCAUGGAACUAAUACCAAGGGCAUACGGACUACUGCCACAUUUGAUCGGAACACUCAGGAAUUUAUCAUCAAUACUCCUGACUUUGAAGCUGCAAAAUUUUGGGUUGGUAAUAUGGGGAAACAUGCCACUCAUGCAGUUGUCUAUGCCCAGCUCUACACUCCUGAUGGACAGUGCCAGGGAUUACAUUCUUUUAUUGUACAGAUUCGAGAUACAAAAACUCUCCUGCCAAUGCCAGGUGUGAUGGUAGGAGACAUAGGAAAGAAGCUUGGGCAGAAUGGGUUGGAUAAUGGAUUUGCCAUGUUCCAUAAUGUCAGGAUACCUAAGGAAAGCAUACUGAAUAUAGCUGGAGAUGUCACAGCUGAGGGGAAGUACUCAAGUUCAGUCAAGGAUGCUAAAGAGCGUUUCAGUGUGUCUCUGGGAUCCUUGUCCACUGGCAGAAUUCUGAUCACAGCAAUUUCUGUGACCAAUUUAAAGCUUGCCUUAUCGAUAGCUAUUCGCUUCUCAGCAGCUCGCCAUCAGUUUGGACCAACCGAUGAAGAAGAAAUACCCAUUCUUGAAUACCAAACACAGCAAUGGCGUCUUCUUCCUUAUCUGGCUGCUGCAUAUGCCUUAGAUUAUUUCUCCAAAACCCUGUUUGAGAACUUUGUAGAAUUUUAUGCAGGUGUAUUGACAAAGCAAAAGAGUCAGAGACAGGCUGAUUUGGGACGUGAGAUUCAUGCCUUAUCUGCUGCCAGCAAACCACUGUCUUCCUGGACUGCUCAGCAGGCAGCCCAAGAGUGCCGAGAAGCUUGUGGAGGACAUGGUUACCUUGCCAUGAAUCGACUGGGUGAAAUCCGAAAUGACAAUGAUCCAAACUGCACAUAUGAGGGAGAUAACAAUGUCCUGCUUCAACAAACCAGCAACUACUUAAUGAGCUGGAUGAAAUGCAUAAGAGAUAAAGCUCUUUUUGAAUCCCCUUUUGGAACAAUUAACUUUUUGCAAGACUACCAUCAUAUCCUUGGCUGGAAGUUCACAGCUCGUGGUGUUGAAGAUUGCAUGGAUUCCUCAGUUCCUUUAGCAGCAUAUAAAUGGCUGGUUUGCUACCUGCUCCAAGAAAGUGACCUAAAGCUGAGAAAAGAGAAGCAGUCCGGACGAAGUGAUUUUGAGGCAAAAAAUAAUUGUCAGGUGUACUACUGUCGAUCAUUAGCCAUUGCAUUUAUUGAACAAACAAUCUUACAAAGAUAUCAUGACUUCACUCAUGAUCCCAACAUACCCUCUGCUCUGCAGACAGUGCUUAAAAAUCUCUGUGUUCUGUAUGGACUCUGGUCUCUGAGUAAGCAUCUGGCUGUGCUCUACCAAGGUGGCUAUGCUUCAGGUGAACAAGCUGGUAGAUUGAUUCAGAAUGCUAUUCUGGAGCUCUGCUACAGGUUGAAAGAUGAUGCAGUUGCCCUGGUUGAUGUCUUUGCUCCUCCUGACUUCAUUCUCAACUCUCCCAUUGGCAAAGCUAAUGGAGAGAUAUAUAAAAAUAUGUGGGCAGAGAUCCUUCAAGGCAACAAAGCUUUGACCAGACCUUCAUGGUGGGCAGAAUUCUGUGUUAAUAAACCUGUUCCAGGCAUGCUGAGGUCAAGAUUGUAAACCAAACAACAUGUAAGAGGCUGGAUGGGCCUGAGAUGGAUACAGUAUUUCAAACAUCAGGAGGAAAUGUGACCGUAUGUCAAACACUGAAAAUGAAAGAGAUUUUCAUAGAGAAGUGCCAAGCUUUAAAGUAACUUUGAAAUUAAGCACAACUAGGGGUCAGGGUCUGUUAACAUAAUAGUGACAGGAGCAGGGGCAACACAUCUGCACACUAUUGAUAUUUACUGAAAUUUUUCAAAAAGUGAAGAUUCAUUAUGAUUACUGCUUUGCAAAGCUUUUAUAAAGCCUCUUGACUUUACUGACAUAUGACAGAAGUUAAAUAAUAAUUAAAAACAAAAAACAUUUCCCACCAGGGCUUAUGAAUUAGCUGAACAUGGAAGAGAAUUUGAAGAAAAAAGGCAUCAAGAACACCAACAGUGAUAAACCUGUAUCAAGGGAUGAGAACCAUUUCCGACAGCUUCUUUGAAGUCUGUGAAGCUCUUCUGAUUUACUUCAUAUGCCUCUGGUAAACUACUUGAUUGCUCUUGCAGUGCAGGAGAAGACUGGGAAUUUAGAUAAUCUGUCUUUGAAUUGUGUGCAACUCUGGAGAUAAAAUUAAUUGAAGAAGACUCUAUGUCUUUUUAUAAAAAUGUAUGGUAAUGCAAACUUCUAAGUCUUAAAUAUGUUCUUUGUUGGUUAUCAUAUUUUCAGUGCUGCUAAACCAAUAUCAAGCCUGGAAUACAUUGACACACAUAGAAACUAUAUCUAUGUUUUAGGUCAGAAUGUACUUAAACGAGUUAUUACAAAUAUGGUCUUUAAAGAACACACAACAGUGGCAGGCAUUGUUGAAGGCAUUAGGAUUUUUCUCCAUGAGCUAUAUUAGCUGUUGAAUAUUUUUAUUCACAAAUGGAAGAGACACUAACAAUGCUUUGGAAAUUUCAUUUUAUAUUUUAGAUAUGACAUUAAAAUCAAAUUCCAUUGGUUUCCUUUGCUGUAUCUAUGAACUAAAUACUGUUACAACCCUGCUCCUAUUGCUGUUCCUAUUGUGAGCAAUCCUGUUGAGCCAAAGAGAUUAUUUUAUAAGUUAAAAAGUUUAGCAUUACUUAUGGCUAAUCAGGGAUGAGUUAUGGUUUGAGCUUUUAAAUAAAUGUGAGUUCAGUGCUUGAGCAUUGAGUUCCACUGGAGCAGAAUCAGACCCUUGUCCUUGUGGGGUUUUGUAAUGUCACGUGUUGUUGCAGUGUCAAUAUAUGCAGGUUUAUAAGCCUUUCUAGGCUGCCAGAAUAUGACCAAGUGGUUCUGUAGAGGCUUCUUUUGUUCCAUCUAAAUCUGACAGAGCUCAGGAAACAUCCAGGAAACAUUAAGUGGCUGGAGAAUGCAUUGAAAGGCCAGUGUUAAAAAGUUUUCUCAGAGUACCUCAAGAUAUAUUUAUUUACUAAACAGAAGUUUUUCAAGACUUUGAUUGUAUUUUUGAGAGCAGUUUAUCAGAGAAUCUGGGGGCUCCCAAGUGCAUAGUAACGCAAGUACAGUUUAGGAUGGGCCAGACAAAAACCUUAAUAAAUGUGACCAUAAUGAGAAAACAUCAGACAGCUCCCCUGUUCUCAGCCAACUGAUGGCAGAGACCCAGCCUAUAUAAUGUUUCAGGAAAAAGAGAAAAAAGAGGUGAGGAAAAGCAAUCAUUUCCCUGCUAACAAAGCCAAGUCUCCAUUCCUGAGGGCAAGGACUCCUCAGGUACCUUGCUAACUGCCACAAUUCUAAGGAUUCAAACAGUAAGUAACAUGAGAAAAUGAAGAGAUGGCUCUGGGUAGAGCCUGUAGUAGUGGCAUAAGUGGGCUUAUUUUAGUGCACAAGAGUGAAGUUGAAACAACUUUGUCAGGUUUGAGUUGAAAAGAAUGUUCUUUUAGUAAAGAUAAAUUCUUAGCCAAACCUCUCAAUCUUAAAUAAUUUUACCACCACAAGUUCAAAGUCAGUUAAAGAUGAUCACCCUCAACACACUUCAAUAAAAAAAGCUGAAACAACCAACCAAACAAAAACUCUGAAUGCUGAAACUGUUGUUUAUAGUCCCAUUGGAAAAUAGAUAAAAACUGUCUCAUUAAACCUUACCUGUACUCAUUUUCUUUGACAGAGAUAGUCAGUGUUGCCUAUGUUUUUUCUGCCUCUAUUCUUUCUUCUUUUCUAAUGAAGUAGCACAAUUUAGAAUGUCUCCAUUGACAGAGAACAGCCUCUGCUCUUUGUCUAGCUGCUAGAACUUUGUCUGAAGAAACAUCCAAAGUUUAGCCUUCUUCACGGAAAAAAACUCACAGUAUAAAGUGUUUAUUUUCAUUAGACUGUUGUGUGUCUUUUAAUAAUGUCCAAGAGGUGGCAUCAUCCCAUGAAAAACAAU